AUGUCAGCGAACCAUGACAAGCCCAACAUCAGUCACUCUCAGGCAGUAGACAUUGUAAAGAAAUACUACAACCUGACAACCUCUCAACUCCACUGUCUGCCCAGCUACGAUGACCAGAACUUCUGUAUUGCGACUGUCGAAGGUGGCAAGUAUGUGCUGAAGAUUAUGAACUCAGUGCACACAAAGAACCCAACUGUGAUAGAACUACAGACAUAUGCAAUGAACUUUCUGCACGAAAAUGGACUUCCUACGCAAACAACCCGGAAAACAACCAUGGGACAAGACAUGUUUCUCGAAGGCAUUGAUUGUGGCUACGGUUUACAGAAGUACCUGGUGCGCCUGUUGACUUAUUUGCCAGGAGUCCCUAUUUCCGAGGUGCCUUUAUCACCACAGCUACUUUAUGAAGUAGGCCGGACAGCAGCCAGAAUGGACAACGCCCUCAAUGAGAUGGAACAUCCUCAACUUAGUGUGCUGCAGAGGGAAGGAUUCAUAUGGAGUUUGUCAAAUAUUCCCCUUCUGGAGAACUACAUGAAAGUGCUCGAGGGACAACCUCUCCUGGGGGUUGUCAUGUCUGUCUUCCAUCAGUACAAAACUGCCGUGGCCCCCAAAUCCACCAGUUUUCGCACCUGCCUCAUUCAUGGAGACUUCAAUGAUCUCAAUUUGCUGGUGCAAGAUGAUGAAAGCAACGGCUACAAGAUUUCUGGGAUCAUCGACUUUGGGGACUUGAACUUUGGUUGCUAUGUCUAUGAGCUCGCCAUCACCAUCACAUAUAUGAUGCUGGAACACCCCAACCCCAUUGAAGUGGGUGGACAUAUCCUAGCCGGCUGGGAAAGUGUUUUUCCCCUCAACGCGGCGGAGAGAGACUGUCUCUUUUGGUUGGUGCUGUCACGCCUGUGCCAGUCAAUAGUGAUGGCUCAUCAUUCGGUGACUUUGCAACCUGAAAAUGAAGAGUAUCUGAUGAUUACAUCCAAGAAAGGCAUUCCAAUUUUACACAUGCUCUUUGAGAUGGGAAAGGAGCAAGUGGAGAAAGUGUGGUUCCAAAGUGCUGCUCGGUUCAAAGAUAGAACAUGAGCGAGGCAAGACAUUCUUAUAUUGAUUCAAAACAAUAUGUUGAUGAAAAUAGUUAGAAAGAAUCCAUUGCACAAUGUCAUCCUCUUGAACAUAGAUUUUUAUUUUCAAAGCAUUAUUUAGCCAUAAACUGUAGCAUUCUUGUGCUUUCAUUCAUCAACUUUAUAGACAAGGGGAAGUCUGAUCCGAUUGUUUUUCAUAUCCGGUGGGGGAAAAAAUGAGACAAAGCUCAUAAAAGGUUUGGAGAAAGUGACAAAAAGGUGUGAUUUGUUAAAGCCUCACUGCAAAUUGAUAUUGCCUCUUGAAAUGGGGUGUAGUUUAAAAAAAAAAGAAUUUGCCCACACAAUGCAAAACACAAAUGAUAUGUGCUCUGUUGUUGCUUUGGAAACUAUAUUUCUCAUGUCUAUCAUUUAUGUGUUCCUCAAGCCCGGUCCUUGGCCUCGGAGUCAAGUCCUUGGCCUUGGCCUUGGGUUGCCGGUCCUCGGAUACAAUGAGGGAUUAGUGCCCCUAAUCCUUCGUCCACAGUUUGGUGUUUUUUGUUAUUGUAAAGCAGGGGUGCCCAUUAGGUAGAUCCUGAUCUACCGGUAGAUCUAAGACAGGUCCCAAGUAGAUCCGAGGAGUGUCGAGGAGAAAACAAAAAACAAAAACAAAAACAUUUGUGUCUCUUUGUACAUGUUAGUAAUAUAUAUUUUUGGUGUUAAUGUACGUUGUACCCUAAUCAUCCUAUCAGUCUCAUUUUCACAAAAAAAAUAAAAAUAAAAAAUAAAAUAAAGCAGGUAAAUCUUGAAUUUACGGUGGCGGGUGAUUACGUCACCGGAAGUUGUUUGCUCUCAGCAGUCUGCAAUUGCAGCUGGUGAUCAGAACUGUUGCACUUUCUCUUUUAUCGUCAUUAUUCUCAUUCAGAGUUUGCUUCGUGUACAAUUCACCGAGGGCAUUGGCAAAGAAUAGGAAUCUAGGAGGGCCCAGGGAAGCACUUCAAAACUGUACGUGUGAGCUACGAUAGUUAACAGGCUGCAAAAGUGCAUCGCAUGCCUCAGUUUCAGGCUGUUUCUCAUCAUGGCAUGCAUGUGUGCGUGUGUGUGCGCGUGCAUGCCGGUCAGGGUAGAUCCCGGCAGGUUUGUUGAUCGAAAAGUAGAUCUUCGGUCCAAAAAGUUUGGGCACCCCUGUUGUAAAGUGUGCUGGGUGUCUUGAAAGGCGCUUAUAAAUAAAAUGUAUAAUUAUUAUUAUUAUAUUUUUCAAUACCAAUUACUUGUUUAAAUUUUGUACAAUCAAUUGGAUCAGUGGCAAUGCAUAUAUGUGAAUGAUAAAAGUAAAUUGCACAUUUGUUGAAGGAAAUGUUAAGUGCUUCAUGAAAUGUUUUGUAAAAGAUACAUUCAUUAAAUUUCAACAUUUUCCUAAUGUUCUUGUGCUUCUUUAUACCAAAACAAAGGAAAGACGUAUUGUUUUGGUUGUUUAUAGCAAAGUAUGGUAUCAUUUUAAUGGUCCGGCCCACUUGACAUCUACCGAGGCCGUAUGUGGCCCACCGUGUGAAAUGAGUUUGACACCAGUGAUGUAUAAUAAGGCGUUUUUAGCCGAA